CUUUAAACCCUCCCAGUCCUUGCCCCGCCCCCGGUCCGCCCCGUCCGAGGCGGGAGCCGCUGAAAACCCCCAGCCCAGCCGCUACGAUCCAUUCGCCCUGCAGCCCCGUCCGCAGUGCGCGCUCUCCUGCCCGCCCGACGCUCCCCACAGCCACCACCACCCUUCAGAAUGGCCAACAGGGGACCCGCCUACGGCCUGAGCCGCGAGGUGCAGCAGAAGAUUGAGAAACAGUACGAUGCAGACCUGGAGCAGAUCCUGAUCCAGUGGAUCACCACCCAGUGCCGCAAGGACGUGGGCCGGCCCCAGCCCGGGCGGGAGAACUUCCAGAACUGGCUCAAGGAUGGCACGGUGCUGUGUGAGCUCAUUAACGGGCUGUACCCAGAGGGGCAGGCCCCAGUGAAGAAGAUCCAGGCCUCCACCAUGGCCUUCAAGCAGAUGGAGCAGAUCUCUCAGUUCCUGCAAGCAGCCGAGCGCUACGGCAUCAACACCACCGACAUCUUCCAGACGGUGGACCUCUGGGAAGGAAAGAACAUGGCCUGCGUGCAGCGGACGCUGAUGAACCUGGGCGGGCUGGCAGUAGCCCGGGAUGAUGGCCUUUUCUCUGGGGAUCCCAACUGGUUUCCUAAGAAGUCCAAGGAGAACCCCCGGAACUUCUCAGACAACCAGCUGCAAGAGGGCAAGAACGUGAUUGGGUUACAGAUGGGCACCAACCGCGGGGCCUCCCAGGCGGGCAUGACCGGCUAUGGGAUGCCACGCCAGAUCCUCUGAUACGCUCCCCGCCCCGCUCCUGCCCCUCCUUGGAUGGUUAAUAUAUAUAAAUAUAUAUUUUAGCAGUGACAUUCCCAAGAGCCCCUGGAGCCCUCAGGCUCCUCUCUGCCAGGGGGAGGGCCUGGCCUGGCGCAUCUCCUCUGGGGGUGCCCAAUGGCGGCCUCUCCCCCUGUGCUUACUAAUACAUUCCCUUCUCCAAACACACAGAAACUGGACCAGCUGGCCUCCUCUUUUCCCCCGGGACCAAAAUUUAGGGCGUCUUCCUCCUCCUUCAUACCUCUCCCCCCCGAUCUCUCAAUCCAUUCCAUGGCUGGGGUCAGCAACGCUGCCUUUGGGCCUUCCUUCCACAAAUACGCCUCCCCACAGCUGUGGCUGCAGAGACUUAAUUUAUAGGGAGGGGUCGGUGGCAGCUGCCACCCUGCCGCAGCUGGACUGGGCUCACCACACACUGGAGGCAGCCUGCCCUGGCAGAGGCCCUCUUGGCUUCUCAUUUUCCAUUCCCCUCGCUUUGGCUCAGGGGUGGGGUGAGGGGAGAGGGGAGGGAGGGCUGCCCCCUCUGGGCUGGGGCUUGAAGAAUCUGAGUGCUGAUUUUGAAUAAAGAAUCUCCCUUUUUUUGGA